UUGGGCUGGGUCUGCUGCAAACAGGCAAGGGAUCAUACAGUGCCUGCAUGGUGGAGUGUUAGGCUGUUCGUCCUCCUAUUCUUUCUCUCUUUUCACACGAGGAAAGCUCAUGUCUUUCUCACAGACAUGCUGAUAUUUCCGCACUUCAGGACUCUGCUGUUUUUCACUGUUUCCAUCACUCAGGUUUUGUUUUCGAGGGGCCAGGAAGGGAACAGUGGGGAUGACCUUGGCUGUACAGACAAUGGGCAGAACUAUGCCAACACGGACAUAUGGAAGCCAGAGCCAUGCCGGAUCUGUGUGUGCGACAGUGGGGCCAUCCUCUGCGAUGAGAUCCACUGCGAGGAGCUGAUCGGCUGUGACAGCAUGUCCAUCCCCCCGGGCGAGUGCUGUCCCACGUGCCAAGGUGGCGGCGGUGACACAGGGGGCAACGGCAGACCCGAUGGCAGGAUCUACAAGGGUCAGAAGGGUGAGCCUGGAGACGUGCCAGUGGUGACAGGUAUCAGAGGUCGCCCAGGCCCGAUGGGACCUCCGGGAUCGUCAGGGCAGCGAGGGGAGCGUGGCAGCAAAGGACGACCGGGCCCAAGAGGUCCACCAGGGUAUGACGGUGAACCAGGUGUACCAGGACAGCCAGGAGAGCCCGGACCUCCUGGACAUCCAGCUCACCCAGGGGGGCAUCUGGCUUCUCACAUGGCCACUGGCUUCGAUGAGAAGUCUGGACUAGCAGGCCAAGUCGGGAUGAUGCCUGGAAUGAGGGGUGAAGCUGGAGCGAGAGGUCCGCCUGGGGCAGCUGGACCUCCUGGCCCUCAAGGAUCACAGGGGCCACCCGGUGAUGUUGGCGACCCAGGACUAAUGGGUACAGCAGGGGCACGCGGGCCAGAUGGCCCCCCCGGCAAACCAGGGGAAGAUGGAGAACCUGGGAAACCAGGGAAUACGGGAGAAGUGGGAUUCCCCGGUUCUAUGGGAGCAAGAGGCUUUCCAGGAAUGCCAGGAGUUCCAGGGCUGAAAGGUCACCGGGGACACCAGGGACCUGUGGGGCCCAAGGGAGAAAUUGGGGCAGUUGGAUCAAAGGGUGAAUCAGGCCCUCCUGGCCAUAUGGGAGCUCCUGGGCCUCAGGGCCCAAGAGGAAUGCCAGGAGAGAGGGGCCGCAUCGGCCCAAUGGGGACCACGGGAAUGCGUGGUCCACCUGGAAAUACUGGCAAAUCAGGACCAAUGGGUCCUGUGGGUAUCACUGGCCCACCAGGAUUUCCAGGAAAUCCUGGUAUGAAGGGUGAAGCGGGGCCAACAGGUGUACGGGGCCCCGAGGGGCCCCAGGGCCAGCGGGGUGAGACAGGACCUCCAGGUUUAGCUGGAGCACCUGGCAUUCAGGGACCACUUGGGACGGAUGGUGGACCUGGAGCCAAGGGCCCAGUGGGUACAGUAGGCCUCCAAGGGCCAGUUGGCCUGCUUGGCCCCCCUGGGCCCCCAGGACCUCAGGGAAGUACUGGACAACCAGGAAUCAAAGGUCAAGCGGGAGAUGUUGGUGUCCCUGGCUUCAAAGGAGAGGCAGGUCCAAAAGGAGAACCUGGUCCACCUGGUUCUCAAGGGCCGAUAGGACCUCAAGGUGAAGAAGGGAAGAGAGGAGCUCGAGGAGAUCCUGGGUCAUUGGGCCCACCAGGCCCCAUCGGAGAAAGAGGUGCGCCUGGGAACAGAGGAUUCACAGGAGCAGAUGGGUUACCUGGACCAAAGGGUGCCCAAGGCGAUAGAGGGAUCCCUGGGACAUCAGGCCCAAAAGGUUCUACUGGAGAUCCAGGGCGCACAGGAGAGCCAGGCCUCCCUGGUGCAAGGGGUCUGACUGGCACUCCUGGGGUUCAGGGUGCUGAAGGAAAACCAGGUCCACUGGGAGCAGCAGGAGAGGAUGGGAGGCCAGGACCUGCUGGGCCAAUUGGAACCAGAGGCCCACCUGGGUCAAUGGGUUUACCAGGACCAAAGGGUUUCAAUGGUGACCCUGGGAAGACAGGUGAGCAAGGAACGCCAGGAUCACCAGGGCAACGGGGUCCUCCCGGGAAGGAUGGAGAAGUGGGCCCAGCAGGUCCAGCAGGUCCUGCGGGUGUUGCAGGUGAAAGAGGAGAACAAGGCCCACCUGGGGUAAACGGCUUCCAGGGUUUACCUGGACCCCCUGGUCCACCUGGAGAGCCAGGAAAGCCAGGAGAUCAGGGAAUACCAGGAGAGGGUGGAGCAGUUGGUCCUAUUGGUCCAAGGGGAGAACGUGGAACUCCAGGUGAAAGAGGGGAGCUUGGGUCUCAUGGUCUCCAAGGGGCCAAAGGUAUCCCAGGAGCCCCUGGGCCAGAUGGGCCAAAGGGAAGCCCAGGGCCAGCUGGUGCUGUUGGGGAUGUUGGUCCUCCUGGGCUGCAGGGAAUGCCAGGAGAACGAGGCAUCUCUGGGCCAACAGGCCCAAAGGGCGACAGGGGUGCGCCUGGUGAAAAGGGCUCAGAGGGAACCCCUGGAAGCGAUGGUGCUCGAGGACUUCCUGGUCCACUUGGACCACCAGGACCACAUGGGCCAAGUGGAGAAAAGGGUGAACCUGGACCACAGGGACCACCUGGACCUCUAGGAUCCAGAGGAAGUCCAGGAUCCCGUGGAGAAACUGGUCCAACUGGAGCUGUUGGGUUUGCUGGGCCUCCUGGCCCUGAUGGUCAGCCAGGUGUCAAAGGUGAACCAGGAGAGCCAGGACAGAAGGGUGAUGCUGGGUCUCCUGGACCUCAGGGCUUGGCUGGUCCUCCAGGACCCAGUGGACCAGUUGGCGUUGCUGGAUUGAAGGGUGGAAGAGGAACCCAAGGAGCCCCUGGUCCAACCGGUUUCCCAGGAUCCCCAGGAAGAGUAGGCCCACCAGGUCCAACUGGUCCAGUGGGAGAGCCCGGACCUCUUGGUUCCCCUGGGAAAGAGGGUCCACCUGGCAUCCGUGGUGAUAAUGGACCCCUUGGAAAACAGGGAGAGCAGGGCCCCUUAGGGCCUGCUGGGACACCAGGAGACAAAGGAGAUCCAGGAGAAGAUGGGCCCACGGGCCCUGAUGGACCACCAGGUCCUGCUGGAACCACAGGACAGAGAGGCAUUGUGGGUCUUCCUGGUCAGAGGGGAGAGCGAGGAAUGCCAGGACUGCCAGGGCCAGCCGGCCCCCCAGGAAAAUCAGGCAGCCCUGGACCUCCAGGAGACAAAGGCCCAGGGGGACCAGUUGGUGCCCCAGGUGCAAACGGACCUCGAGGUGACCCUGGUCCAGAUGGACCUGCAGGAUCUGACGGUCCAGCAGGCCGAGAUGGUGCCGUGGGUCCCAGGGGGGACAGAGGGGACCCAGGCCCCGAGGGAUUGGCUGGGGCUCAGGGGGCCCCUGGUACUAUAGGUCCAGUUGGACUCCCUGGUGGUCCAGGAAAGAGAGGCGAGAAAGGAUCAAGGGGACCUGCUGGACCCCCUGGAUCAGCUGGAAAGCGAGGACUAAUAGGCCCACAGGGACCAAGAGGAGACAAGGGUGAGCUUGGAGAACAUGGAGAAAGAGGACAGAAAGGUCACAGAGGGUUCACUGGGCUGCAAGGGCUCCCUGGACCACCGGGUACCCCUGGUGAACAAGGAUCUACCGGAAUCAUUGGGCCAAGUGGCCAGAGAGGCCCUCCUGGACCUGUGGGGCCCCCAGGAAAAGAGGGCCAUGUUGGACAGUUGGGACCCAUGGGACCUCCUGGGACACGUGGCUUCAGUGGUGAUAUUGGACCUGAGGGACCUCCCGGAGAUCCUGGUCCCCCUGGCCCCCCUGGACCACCUGGACCUCCAACAGCAGCAAUGGACGACUUGUUUGGUGGCCCCCAGGAUUAUGAUGCCGGACCCCCACCCCCUCCUGAGUUCAGUGAGGAUGAGGCUCUGCCCAACAACAACUCAUCGGGGCUCCUCCAGGUGGACCCUGGGGUCCAGGCCACACUGAAGGCCCUGAGUAGCCAGAUUGACAGUAUGCGCAGCCCCGAUGGCAGCAAGCAGCAUCCUGCCAGGACCUGCGAGGACCUGAAACAAUGUUACCCACUGAAAAAGAGCGGGGAAUACUGGAUCGAUCCAAAUCAAGGCAGCGCACGUGAUGCCAUCAAAGUGCACUGUAACAUGGAGACCGGAGAGACGUGCAUUUCUGCAAACCCACCCAAUAUCCCCCGGAAAACAUGGUGGAGCUCCAGCUCAACAGUGCUCAAGCCCAUAUGGUUUGGGGCAAACAUGAAUGGUGGAGCCCAUUUCACCUAUGGAAACAAAGACCAGGAUCCAAACUCUGUCACUGUUCAGAUGACAUUCAUCCGCUUGCUAUCGAAAGAGGCCUCUCAGAGCAUCACUUACCACUGCAAGAACAGCGUGGCCUAUAAUGACAAGAAGAAUGGAAACUUGAAGAAAGCCAUAGUUUUCAAGGCCGCCAAUGACCUUGAGCUGAAGGCAGAAGGAAACAACCGCUUCCGUUACACAGUCUUGGAGGAUGGCUGCUCUGAGGCAAGCAGCAGAUGGGGGAAGACUGUAUUUGAGUACAGGACUCAGAAAACAGCAAGGCUACCAAUCAUAGACAUGGCUCCCGUUGACAUCGGCAGCACAGACCAGGAGUUUGGCCUAGACGUCGGACCUGUGUGCUUUGCGUAAGUCUGAGCCGGAGGACGCCAGGCAAAGCCGUGGACUCCUGAAGUGCAGUCGUGUUGCACGAUGGACAAACCAGCUCUUUACUGUGCUAUACACAACCUCACCAGAACAUUCUGUGUUUUUAUUACGGCACGGUAGGCAGGAUCAUAAAGGGGAAAAAAAACUAAGCAUAACUUGAAGAUCAUACUGAGAAACUGCCAAAGUGAUUUUCUGCUAUUAAGGAUGAAAAGCUAUGUAACUGCAAUACGGAUUUGACCAUGAGGAGAUUUAAUACAUCAGAUAAAAAAAAAAUGUCACGAAUACUGGCUGUUUUUUAUGACAUUUUUAAUUUGAGACAAAUGUCACACUGACAAAAAUAACUGAUACUCAAAUAAAUGAUCCUAAUUAUUUUAAUUAACUGCUGUUUUAAUAGCAUAAAUUACAGGUAACAGUUUGGCUUAUCUAAAAGCCAAUUAUCCUAUACCUAAACAUACUUGUUUUGUACAGACUUUUAUAUGCUAUUAGUUUUAAACACCAAACCAGCAAUUCUGUCUUAGUUUAGUUGUGUUUAUGUAAUGGUGCUACAGAGGAAAUGGUGGCAUUCCCAAGCAGAGCAGAGGGUGGCGUCUUACUGAAAGGCAGCGUUUCUUUUUGAAAUACGGUGCCAUUUUACGCAAUCCUGCCUUUUGGAAGUGACAGAACAGGCCGCUGCUUGGUUGGUUCCUUGAUGUAAGCUACCUCGUCUCCUGUAACUGACUUUCUGUCACACUGUGUUUCCGUGGCAAUCGCAGCGUGCAGCUUUAACAGCAGUGUAGGCUUUGAUGAUGGCAAUGAAGGGCUCUACAUCAUCAAACAACAGCCCCUGACCCCAGCAGCAUGCACCGUUGCAUGCAUCGCAGCCCCACUUCUCUUCCAAUGCUCAAUUUUAAUGCAACAUUCUGAGCAGUUUUUAGUUUUGGCCCAAAAUGCUUUGCCAGUGUCCUUUGUGUACUUUUCUACAGAAUGAAUUAAACAACUGCUUUUUAUCCA